AUGCGCCUACUGUCGAUUUGUCGUCAAUUCGUUUCGGCCGCCUCAUCUUCAUCUGCUGACCCAUACCAUGGAUUAUCGACUUUGGAAGAACGUCUCUUUUUUGAGUUCCAGCAACUGUUGCUUUCCUUGUUUCGUUGUUUGAGUAGCUCAGAGUCUGCUGGAGCUAAGAGCGGCGUUGGUUUGGAAUUUGGCGCUAAGUGGUCUGGUCAUCCUUCGGGUUCAGAGGCUGAUUUGAACCAACUACUCCUACGUUUAAAUUUCAACCACUUCCUGAGCGGUGCGAAUGGCUCAUUACAAACCUCACGCCCUUUAGAAAUUGAACACCAGCAAGUAGACCUUGGUUAACCCUAACUCUACACACCCACACACACACACAGUGGUUAUGCAUUUGUAUAUCUUUUGUCCCAGUUCAAACUUUUGUGAAAUGCCUGAAGUCAAUUUGUUACCAACGUUCCGCUUUAUUUUUGUCUCUGCUAAUGCCUUUUUGAAAGUCGUGCUUUUGGGAUCCAGAACUUUUUACACAACUAAGUGUUCAUCCUGUUUUGUUGAUAACUACUAUGUCUUACAACGCACUUGCGUGGACUGGCCGACAAUCUUGAACACAUUAUACACAUUACCCGGUGACUGACCCAUUACAUUUCACCAGCUGUAUCAAUAAGCCAAUAUUAGUCCAGUUUUUUGCCUUUCUCGGCUUGAGACGAUCACCCGCAUUCACAUUUGAUACGUGUUUUUUCCAACGCAUCUGUACCGGUGCACCACUUGGCAAAUGUUUUUUUGCUACGGCGUAUUUAAAUCGUCCGAUUCCCAGGUAUGUAUACAUAUCACGGUCAAGAAAAGUUUCGCCGUUCUCAUUUCUUGUUCUAGCCCACGCAGACAUUUUUUUCGUCAACAACUGUGGCCUAUACUUGGUGGUGGCAUCUUCUGACCUUUGUCGUCGUUUGAAAGUGAAUUUUCUUGUCACAAUCAAAAGCGUUGGUUUGAGGGGAUUUGACACUUAAGGCAAGAUUCAUUCAGCGCUGGGU